AUGCAUCUUCAAGAUUGGUGGACGGUUAACUACGAAUGGACAUGGCAUUGUUUUACUACCGUAAAUUUACAAUUUGAACUCGUGGAUUUGAUUACUGGCGAGCUGUCCAUAAACGUCCGAGACGAGAAUAAUCGAACGGUUGAUGGCGGAAGUCUUGACUUCCGCCCUGGCCCCUCAACAUCGCCCCGAAAUAUAAGUUACGCCGGUGUCACUGCAAUUACGGUAAAAUGGACAAAUGGGGUGCCAAACGCGGAGACUUUCUACCCGCAACUCCUCACCGGUGAUACCUUUUCGAUUUUUAUCCCGCCCGGAUGUAGCCCAACCUUGGUCUUCCGGCAAAUCAGCUUGGUCAACCCGGUUUUGCAACAAUGCCGUGGAGAAGCGCUAAAUAUUGGGUUUGGCUAUGGUGACCCGAUGCAUCACGCCUAUGACGAUCGAUUUUCGAGCUACGAAUGGACUUGGCAUUGCUUCGCCCCGGUUGAUGUACAGUUUCAAGUGGUUGACCUAAUAGCUGGUGAACUCUCCAUCGAAGUGCAAGACAUCAAUAAUCAAACCGUUGAUAAUGGAAACGUCGUCUUCCACCCAGCAGAUUGGCAAACGCAACAAAACACGAGUUAUCAAGGAGUGACGAAAAUUACGGUAAGAUGGAACAAUCCGGAUCAGAGUCCGCAGGGAGCUGCCACUGGCACC